AUGGCACCAUUCUUCUCUAGUUUCAAACCGUACGAGCAUUGGAAGAGGAAAGCUCCGCCUUUGAGGCGGAGUGAGAUGAAUAAAGCUGGAACUACUCUCUCUGGUGUUUGGCGCUGCAGUAGGAGUGGUGGAAGAGGUUGUUGGCGAAGUCUGAGGGAGGAGAGAGGUGUUGGUUCUACUAGUUGGGGGGAGGAGGAGGUUUUGAUGAUGGCGAUGAGGACGGGGGGCGGCGGUGGUGGUGGUGGUGGUGGUGGUGGUGGUGGUGGUGAAGGAGGGAAAGAAGAAGAAGAAGACAAACUCUUGGUUCCUGUUAUCGAAGAUGAUUUCGACUGGUUCAGACUAAGUAUUGCGUAUUUGGAAGAAGGAGGUGGUAUCAAUGGUGAUGGUGGGAGUGGUAGUCUUUGGAGGAGCUGGGAACUGAGGGAUGGAGAUGAGCGGCAGCUUCAGGGAAAGGCGAAUCUUGCUGGAACGUAUGAUCCGUAUCAGCGGUGGGAAGCUCCUUAUCAAGAGAUGGAGGCUGAUGUGCCCGUGGAGAUGAAUGAUAAUCGUUCAGUCGCGGGAUUGGAAGGGAGUUGUUCUUGGCCUGCACCGUCCCAGGACGAGAAAGAGAGACUGCCAGUGGCAUCUGUGCAUUUGGAAAAUCAGCUCGGUCGAUGGAAUGGAGUCACGCUUUGCGACUUGUGA